AUGACAGGCGUGGAUCUGGAAAAAUGCAAACGUAUCGUCCAAUAUUUCUGGGACCCCGAACCUAGAAAUGAUGCUCCAGAGCAGCCGAUAUGGUGUCUCGGCCAACCCUUCCUCCCCCAAGUCCCGCAACAAAACGGCUCAGAGAGCGAGGUCAACCAGGGAGUCCCGAGGCCGCUCAACGAACCCAGUGAGGGUUCAUGGCCGAACGCUUUCUUGGAAGAUUUCGAAUCCCGAAUAUGGAUGACAUAUCGCUCGAACUUCCCACCGAUCCCACGAACCAAGAGUGCAGAGGCGAACUCCUCCAUGACACUGGGUGUUCGUCUGCGAAGUCAGUUGAUGGAUCCCCAAGGGUUCACAUCUGAUACUGGAUGGGGCUGUAUGAUCCGAUCAGGACAAAGUCUCCUUGCAAAUACAUUAUCGAUACUCAAGCUGGGACGAGAUUGGCGACGGGGAAGCAAGCCUGAAGAAGAAGCAAAGCUACUGAAAAUGUUUGCAGAUCAUCCCGAUGCCCAAUUCUCGAUACAUCGAUUCGUCCAGUGCGGUGCUUAUUCGUGUGGCAAAUACCCCGGGGAGUGGUUUGGACCAUCGGCGACAGCGAGAUGCAUCCAAAUCCUGACUAGCGAGUGCAAGGAAGUGGAUUUAAACGUCUACGUAACAAAUGAUACCUCUGAUGUCUACGAAGACCAAUUCAGGAGAAUUGCAUGCAGCAAAAAGGGACAGGUGCAGCCAACGUUGAUUCUUCUCGGACUACGACUGGGAAUCGAUAAAAUCACUGCCGUUUAUUGGGACGGCCUUCGAACCGCGCUUCAAUAUCCGCAAUCAGUGGGAAUAGCAGGGGGACGCCCAUCUUCAUCACACUAUUUUGUGGGAGUACAAGAUUCACAAUUCUUUUUCCUUGACCCUCAUCUUACUCGACCAGCGCUUCCUUAUCACUCGCCCGACCAAGAAUACGCACCAGAAGAACGCGGAACGUACUAUACCCGCCGAAUACGGCGAUUGCAUAUCAAAGAUAUGGAUCCAAGCAUGUUGAUUGGGUUUCUGAUAAGAGACGAAACGGACUGGGUUGAUUGGAAGCAGCGAGUUCGAUCCAGUCCAGGAAAACCUAUUAUUCAUAUACUGGCCGGAGAUGCUCCAGUGCACCAAGGGCUUGGUCGUGAAGGUGCAGUAGACGAGGUGGAAGCAUUGGAUGACUCGGAUGGGUUGGAAUAA